UAGAUGUGACACCAACACCUGCAACCAGGAGGAGGGAGGAGAGAGGUCAAAGGUCACGACCUCUGGCUCCUCCCUCCGUGUCUUCCUGUCCGAAGGCGACUCAGUUAUUUGUAGCCAUAGCAACCAGGUCAGCUCAGACGAGCACACAACAAUGAUUAAAGACUUUUGUUUCAAACAUCCUGGUAAGUGACCGACAACACAAGCAGCUGAUAACUUUGUUUUAUAGAAGGUUUUGUUCCAACUUAAGGUCAUUUUGAAAUAUUAAAUCUUUCCCAAAAUUUAAAGACUAGACAAAGACUUUCUCCUUCAAUAUCAGUUUUUCUGUUUUCCAUUACAGCCCCUGAAGCACCAGGCGCUUUCAUCGUUUUUGUCACUGUGACUGUCAUUAAGGUUUUGGUGAUAAUUGCCAUAUCAGCAGCUUUUGUUGGACAUCGAAUAAAAGGAAAACAUGAAACUGAGGACAAGGAAAAAACUGUGUACGAAAAUGUUCAGUUUGAAUUCACUGAGACGUGUGGAUGAGAGACGAGCACCCUGACUGCUGCUGGGCUGAUUGAGGUCUGAACUCUGAUCCACUUCCUCGUUCGGCUCAUUUGACAGAAUGCAUCCCAUCAUUCUCCACUUUCUCAUUUCUCUGCUUCAAGCAUAUGAAGCUCGAGCCAAUGGCGUGCAAACCUCAGCAAAGAGACCAUUUCAAGUGCAACUGGUGAAUGGAAGCAACAGGUGUGAGGGCAGAGUGGAGGUGCUCUCCUUCGGCGUACGGGGCACAGUGUGUGAUGACGAAUGGGACAUGGUGGACUCUAACGUGGUGUGUAGGCAGCUGAACUGCGGGGUGGCUGUGGAGAUGAGCGCCAGCUCCAGAUUUGGACCAGGCUUGGGGUUCAUAGCGCUGGACGACGUGGACUGCAGAGGACAUGAAGCAGACCUCAGCCAGUGCAGAAGUCGGGGCUGGGGCAUUCACAACUGUGGCCACAAUGAGGAUGUGGGCGUCACCUGCAGAGCCAAUGGCGUGCAAACCUCAGCAAAGACACCGUUUCAAGUGCAACUGGUGAAUGGAAACAACAGGUGUGAGGGCAGAGUGGAGGUGCUCUCCUUCGGCGUGUGGGGCACAGUGUGUGACGACCACUGGGACAUGGUGGACGCUAACGUGGUGUGUAGGCAGCUGGACUGCGGGGUGGUCGUGGAGAUGGGUGUCAGCUCCAGAUUUGGACCAGGCUUGGGACUCAUAGCGCUGGAUGACGUGGACUGCAGAGGACAUGAAGCAGACCUCAGCCAGUGCAGAAGUCUGGGCUGGGGCAUUAACAACUGUGGCCACAGUGAGGAUGUGGGCGUCACCUGCAGAGCGAAGACACCGUUUCAAGUGCAACUGGCGAAUGGAAGCAACAGGUGUGAGGGCAGAGUGGAGGUGCUCUCCUUCGACACGUGGGGCACAGUGUGUGACGGCCACUGGGACAUGGUGGACGCUAACGUGGUGUGUAGGCAGCUGGACUGCGGGAUGGCCUUGAAGAUUGGCAACAGCUCCAGAUUUGGACCAGGCUCGGGGUUCAUAGGCCUGGAUGACGUGGACUGCAGAGGACAUGAAGCAGACCUCAGCCAGUGCAGAAGUCGGGGCUUUGGCAUUCACAACUGUGGCCACAAUGAGGAUGUGGGCAUCACCUGCAGAGCGAAGACACCGUUUCAAGUGCAACUCGUGAAUGGAAGCAACAGGUGUGAGGGCAGAGUGGAGGUGCUCUCCUUCGGCGUACGGGGCACAGUGUGCGCCGACUACUGGGACAUGGUGGACUCUAACGUGGUGUGUAGGCAGCUGGACUGCGGAGUGGCCGUGGAGAUGAGCAACAGCUCCAGAUUUGGACCAGGCUUGGGGCUCAUAGCGCUGGACGACGUGUACUGCAGAGGACAUGAAGCAGACCUCAGCCAGUGCAGAAGUCUGGGCUGGGGCAUUAGCAACUGUAACCACAAUGAGGAUGUGGGCGUCACCUGCAGAGCAGCAAUGGUGGGGGCAAACGGCUUUGCGGGUCCUUCCACACCAACCUGGGACAAAUUUGGUUCAACGAAGACACCGUUUCAAGUGCAACUCGUGAAUGGAAGCAACAGGUGUGAGGGCAGAGUGGAGGUGCUCUCCUUCGGCGUACGGGGCACAGUGUGCGCCGACUACUGGGACAUGGUGGACUCUAACGUGGUGUGUAGGCAGCUGGACUGCGGAGUGGCCGUGGAGAUGAGCAACAGCUCCAGAUUUGGACCAGGCUUGGGGCUCAUAGCGCUGGACGACGUGGACUGCAGAGGACAUGAAGCAGACCUCAGCCAGUGCAGAAGUCUGGGCUGGGGCAUUAGCAACUGUAACCACAAUGAGGAUGUGGGCGUCACCUGCAGAGCGAAGACACCUUUUCAAGUGCAACUGGUGAAUGGAAGGAACAGGUGUGAGGGCAGAGUGGAGGUGCUCUCCUUCGGCGUACGGGGCACAGUGUGCGCCGACCACUGGGACAUGGUGGACUCUAACGUGGUGUGUAGGCAGCUGAACUGCGGGGUGGUCGUGAUGAUCAGCAACAGCUCCAGAUUUGGACCAGGCUUGGGGCUCAUAGCGCUGGACGAUGUGGACUGCAGAGGACAUGAAGCAGACCUCAGCCAGUGCAGAAGUCGGGGCUGGGGCAUUCACGACUGUGACCACAGUGAGGAUGUGGGCGUCACCUGCAGAGCGAAGACACCGUUUCAAGUGCAACUGGUGAAUGGAAGCAACAGGUGUGAGGGCAGAGUGGAGGUGCUCUCCUUCGGCGUACGGGGCACAGUGUGCGCCGACUACUGGGACAUGGUGGACUCUAACGUGGUGUGUAGGCAGCUGGACUGUGGAGUGGCUGUGGAGAUGAGCGCCAGCUCCAGAUUUGGACCAGGCUUGGGGCUCAUAGCGCUGGACGACCUGGACUGCAGAGGACAUGAAGCAGACCUCAACCAGUGCAGAAGUCUGGGCUGGGGCAUUCACAACUGUGACCACAGUGAGGAUGUGGGCGUCACCUGCAGAGCGAAGACACCUUUUCAAGUGCAACUGGUGAAUGGAAGCAACAGGUGUGAGGGCAGAGUGGAGGUGCUCUCCUUCGGCGUACAGGGCACAGUGUGCGCCGACCACUGGGACAUGGUGGACUCUAACGUGGUGUGUAGGCAGCUGAACUGCGGGAUGGUCGUGAUGAUCAGCAACAGCUCCAGAUUUGGACCAGGCUUGGGGCUCAUAGCGCUGGACGAUGUGGACUGCAGAGGACAUGAAGCAGACCUCAGCCAGUGCAGAAGUCCGGGCUGGGGCAUUCACGACUGUGACCACAGUGAGGAUGUGGGCGUCACCUGCAGAGCGAAGACACCGUUUCAAGUGCAACUGGUGAAUGGAAGCAACAGGUGUGAGGGCAGAGUGGAGGUGCUCUCCUUCGGCGAGUGGGGCACAGUGUGCGCCGACUACUGGGACAUGGUGAACUCUAACGUGGUGUGUAGGCAGCUGGACUGCGGAGUGGCUGUGGAGAUGAGCGCCAGCUCCAGAUUUGGACCAGGCUCGGGGCUCAUAGCGCUGGACGACGUGGACUGCAGAGGACAUGAAGCAGACCUCAGCCAGUGCAGAAGUCUGGGCUGGGGAAUUCACGACUGUGACCACGAUGAGGAUGUGGGCGUCACCUGCAGAGUGAAGACACCGUUUCAAGUGCAACUGGUGAAUGGAAGCAACAGGUGUGAGGGCAGAGUGGAGGUGCUCUCCUUCGGCGUACGGGGCACAGUGUGUGCCGACUACUGGGACAUGGUGGACUCUAACGUGGUGUGUAGGCAGCUGGACUGCGGAGUGGCUGUGGAGAUGAGCGCCAGCUCCAGAUUUGGACCAGGCUUGGGGCUCAUAGCGCUGGACGACCUGGACUGCAGAGGACAUGAAGCAGACCUCAACCAGUGCAGAAGUCUGGGCUGGGGCAUUCACAACUGUGACCACAGUGAGGAUGUGGGCGUCACCUGCAGAGCCAAUGGCGUGCAAACCUCAGCAGAGACACCGUUUCAAGUGCAACUGGUGAAUGGAAGCAACAGGUGUGAGGGCAGAGUGGAGGUGCUCUCCUUCGGUGUACGGGGCACAGUGUGUGACGACCACUGGGACAUGGUGGACUCUAACGUGGUGUGUAGGCAGCUGGACUGCGGGGUGGCUGUGGAGAUGAGCGCCAGCUCCAGAUUUGGACCAGGCUUGGGGCUCAUAGCGCUGGAUGACGUGGACUGCAGAGGACAUGAAGCAGACCUCAGCCAGUGCAGAAGUCCGGGCUGGGGCAUUCACAACUGUGACCACGAUGAGGAUGUGGGCGUCACCUGCAGAGCAGCAAAGGUGGGGGCAAACGGCUUUGGGGGUCCUUCCACACCACCCUGGGACAAAUUUGGUUCAAACCCUGAACCACCGAUCUAUUUCAUCGCCUUUGUCACUGUCACUGUCGUUUUGGUUUUGGUGAUAAUUGCCAUAUCAGCAGUUUUUGUUGGACAUCGAAUAAAAGGAAAACAUGGAAGUUUGGACAUAGAAGAAACUCUGUACGAAAAUCUUUAGCUUGAUUGAAGCUCGGUCCAUGAAAUCCACUGAGGCCGGAGACACGACUCAGUCUGAACAUAUGAAAUCUUCUUCCACAUUCUGCCUUUUGGACAAUGUCCAGUAUUAUUGUUGCCGUGAGUCAUGUGAUAUCUUUCGGCCAGAACCAGAACCAGGAUUAUGUGGAACAGCUCUGCCAACUUUAAAACUGUUAUUGUGAAAUAUUUCAUAUCUUAUUGAAAAAGAUAACUGAUGAAUAUGAAUUUUUAAUAUAGUAUUUCUCACACAGAUGUGUUCUUAUUCUUUCUUAAGACCUGGUUCAACUCAUUUAUGUGUUGCAGCUUAAGCAGCUUUUAAAUGUUUAAAACGAUUGAAUAAAGAUAUUUCUUCAAU